AUGACGUCGCCGUCCAGUCGCUCGUUGCUGCACACCGCUACUACCUGCAGCGUCGCCUCACUGCGCAGUGCAUUGACGAGAGAUCAACAGCUUGGCGCUUUACCACUCGUUACAGCAGCGAUCGAUGCGUUUCUACGCAAGACGAGGCGUCUCCAGUGCAGCGACAGUCAUAGCAGCUCGUCAGGCUUUGAGCGCGAGUACAGGGAGCUCUGUCGCUGCAUUCGCAAUGCAGUCGACGACGACCUGCUGCUCACGCCUCAGACGAGAGCGACGAAAGCCAAGAACCGGUACAAAAACAUCUUGCCAUUCGAGAAGACGCGCGUGAAGCUGCAGGACACAGCCGAGGACUACAUUAACGCCAAUUACAUUGACGGAGGCUACAUCGCCUGCUGUGCACCUGUACCUGCUGCGAUCUCGGACUUUUGGCACAUGGUCUGGCAAUGCGACGUCCAUGUUGUGCUUAUGCUCACCAAGUUUGUCGAGCAAGCGAGGCUUUCGGCCGAUGUGUACUGGGACACACGCGUGGACCACGCGGUGGACUUUGAUGGAGUGUACGUGAAGCUCGUGGCUGAACGUAAGCUGCCGUCAAGCCAGAGCAUUGCCACGAGAACGUUCAAGGUGUGGAAAGUGGACGACGCGGGACGCGAGAGCGAAAGUCGAGUGGUUCAGCAUUUUCAGCUGACGUCAUGGCCGGACCAUGGAGUGCUGCAGGACUACCGUGUCGUUGCUCUGCUUCUAGACAGCGUAAACAGCUACCAACGAGAGGCAUCGCAAGCGCACAAUGUGGACGCAAAAGUAGUGGUGCACUGCAGUGCGGGCGUCGGGCGGUCUGGCACGUUCAUCGCUAUUGACAUUCUGCUGAAGCAACUGCAUCGAGUGCUUACCGACACAAGCGACAGUGACGAGGAGAAGGCGCGGGCGAUGCAGCAUGCAAUGGACGUUCCACGUGUCGUCCACCGUUUGCGAUCGCAGCGACCUGGGAUGGUACAAACUCCGGAGCAAUACCGGAUGAUCUACCAGUUCCUAGCUGCCGUGGUGAGCGUCGAACGGCCGUGGUGA